UCUCGAUGCCGAGUGCGGACUCCAUUCCAGCUGAUCUUUCUCCUUGCGUCAGGUGACAGCUCUAGCCCUUGGCUGCAAGAUCACAGCUCAGAUCACAGCUACUGUGGAUCCUGGUGGCCCCCAACCAGCGUUGAAGGGAGAGAUAAAGUAAGUGUGAAUACGAGAACGGGGGGAGAUCAGUUGACGGAUGACCGAACAAGAGAUUUGGUUUUGGUUUGUGGUCUGGUGGGGGAGUGGCUGGAGAGAAUGUCUGGGGUGGAGGCGAACCCCGGAACCGCAUUGGGGCCCAGAUUGCUGUAGAUUUCCGAUGCGCCAACAAAGAACAAAGACUAAAAGAGGACAAGUGAAAUAUCACGUUAUCACCAUUCACCAUUCACCACCAGGCAGCUGCCUGUUGCUGCCACUGCUGCCACUGCUGCAUCUGCUGCUGCAUUUCCGAUCGCUUCCCAUCACCCACGUGGGCUCUCGUUCCCCCCCCCCCCACAACCUCGUUUUCACUUGUUAUCUCUCUCCCUCUCUCUCUGUCUUUCCCACACCCAUUUAAAUCCCUUUUUCUCUUCUUCCACUCUCCUAUCCUCCCUUCUAAUCCGAAUCAUAGAUUUCCUCUACCCUUUUUUUUCUUUGU